CUCGACGAUUACUUUCUAUUGGCAUUGAUUUCAAAGCAAUUCACGGUGGGUACCUUCGUAUACGGGUCUCCACCGUCAAUAUUUAUAGUCGACCAUCCGGCACUUGACGAAGAGACAGAAAAUCAGAAAGGGGCAACAGGGCUUGUGUUGAAUCUAGUUGUUUAUAUAUUUCCUUCACCAUGGCAUCCUAUUUGAUCACAGGUGCUUCGCGUGGCAUUGGUCUCGCCAUGGCUCGUACACUGGCUUCCAAACCCGCCAACGAAGUCUCUGUCAUCUUUGCCGCGGCACGCACCCAAACCGAUGAUCUAAACCGACUAGUUGCGCAGUCUUUUGGACGCAUCCAUCCUGUUCCUAUGGAUGUUGAAAGCAAAAAUAGUAUACAGACGGCAGUUGCGACCGUUGAACACGCGUUGUCGGGGAAGGGCCUCGACGUCCUAAUCAACAAUGCGGGGAUAAUGCCCUCUACCCGGGGUGGUAUUGAAAAUAUGGAUAACCUGGACACCGUCUUCCAUACCAACGUUAGCAGUGCCCAUAUGGUGACAAGUGCCUUCUUACCACUCCUCAAGAACGGAAACCAGAAGAAAGUGAUCAACAUAUCAACAACACUUGGCUCGAUCACGAUGGCACCCCGAUUCGCACUGUUUCCAGUGCCAGCUUACAAAGUUAGCAAAGCGGCACUCAAUAUGCUUACUGUGCAAUAUGCGCAGUCUUUUGCGGAUCAAGGCUUCACAUUUCUUGCAAUCUCACCAGGUUGGGUGAAGACAGACCUUGGGGGUGACAGGGCGGAUAUAACAGCCGAACAGAGUGUGCAAGGUCUAUUGGAUAUUAUACUUCCGGCAACACAAGCAGAUAACGGGAAGUUCUUCAAUAUUCGCGUUCCAGGAUGGGAGAAGGCAGAGGGUUUAAACCAAUAUGAUGGGGCAGAGGUGCCGUGGUAAGCCAUGAGGAAGUUCCCUGCCUACAGGCAGUAAUGUUGUUCUCCUCAGUUCAUAUAUAUUGCUGGUUGGUACGCUUCCGGUCGCGUGGAAGUAUUUUCUGUUUCGGAGAAGCACAGUGUCAAUAGCAUCAUAUAAUGGCAUGGCGUUACAUAACGCCUCCAUAUGAUAUCAUCGUUACUACUUGAGCACAACAAGACCAGUUUAGAUU